GAGGCCGCGCCGCGCGCAUCCGCUGGAGCGAUCGAGCGGACCCUGAGCAGUCGCGCAGGAGCUGGAGAUGCUAUUGUAUGUGAAAAGCCGGCUGACAGAUGGAAAACUUCAUUCUCUAUGAGGAGAUUGGCAGAGGAAGCAAGACGGUUGUGUAUAAAGGGCGACGGAAGGGAACCAUCAAUUUCGUAGCCAUUCUCUGUACUGAGAAGUGCAAAAGGCCCGAAAUAACCAACUGGGUCCGUCUCACCCAUGAAAUUAAACACAAGAAUAUUGUAACUUUCCACGAGUGGUAUGAAACCAGCAAUCAUCUCUGGCUAGUGGUGGAGCUGUGCACGGGUGGUUCUUUGGAAACGGUUAUUGCUCAAGAUGAAAACCUUCCAGAAGACGUUGUGAGAGAAUUUGGAAUUGACCUGAUUACUGGCUUACAUCAUCUUCAUCAACUGGGCAUUCUGUUCUGUGACAUUUCUCCUGGGAAGAUACUGUUGGAAGGACCUGGCACGUUGAAGUUCAGCAACUUCUGCUUGGCCAAAGUGGAAGGUGAAAACUUGGAAGAGUUCUUUGCUUUGAUUGCAGCAGAAGAAGGAGGAGGUGAUAGUGGGGAAAAUGUGCUGAAGAAAAGCAUGAAAAACAGAAUCAAAGGAUCUCCGAUAUAUACAGCACCGGAAAUCGUGAAGGGCACUGAUUACUCCAUCGCCAGUGACCUCUGGUCUUUGGGCUGUCUACUUUAUGAAAUGUUUUCAGGAAGACCUCCAUUCUUCUCAGAAAGUGAUUCAAAGUUGAUUGAAAAUAUUCUUUAUGAAGAUCCUUUGCCACCUGUUCCAAAAGAUGCUUCUUUUCCUAAAGCGUCUUCAGAUUUUGUUAACUUGCUUGAUGGGUUACUUCAAAAAGAUCCACAGAAAAGGUUCACCUGGGCAGAUCUACUGCAGCAUUCGUUUUGGAAGAAUGCUUUCAGUCAAGAAGAGCAGGACGCCAGCGUCAACGAUUUCGGCUUCAGCAGGCAUGUGAUAGAAUGUUCUGGGCCACAAGAAUCCAAGGAGCUUUCGCAGAACCCUCUGAAUGGACAGGCGAAAGGGCAGAGCAGUGGUCCCCGGCCGAGUCGCUCUUGCAGACUGGAAAAUCCAGCUGAGCUGCGGCCUAAGAGCACUCCUGGGGGCCAGCUGAGUGAAUCCAUGUUCCUCCUCAGUUCCCGUCCCACUCCGAGAACCAGCACAGCAGUGGGAGUGAGUCCGGGAGAGGUUAUGACUCAGAAUUCCCCCCAGAGGACUUCUCCUUUGUCCAAGGUCGCCGGCGGCCCCCUGAGUCAGCAGGACCUGGAAUCCCAGAUGCGGGAGCUCAUCUACACCGACUCGGAUCUGCUCGUCACCCCGAUCAUCGACAACCCCAAGAUAAUGAAACAACCACCCGUUAAAUUUGAUCCAAAAAUACUGCAUCUACCGGCACAUUCAGUGGAGAAGUUACUGUCCCUGAAAGACCAAGAUUGGAGUGACUUUUUGCAACAACUCUGCUCCCAGAUUGACUCUGCGGAGAAGAGCACUGGGGCGUCCCGGGCCAAACUGAAUCUCCUUUGCUACUUGUGUGUCGUGGCCGGCCACAAGGAGGUGGCCAGCAGGCUGCUCCAUUCCCCGCUGUUCCAAUUGCUCAUCCAGCAUUUGCGAAUAGCUCCAAACUGGGACAUACGGGCCAAGGUUGCUCGCGUGAUUGGUUUACUGGCCUCGCACACCACAGAGCUCCAGGAAAACACACCUGUUAUUGAGGCAAUUGCUCUCUUAACUGAAUUAAUUCGGGAGAACUUCAGGAACAGCAAAUUAAAACAGUGCCUCUUGCCAACCCUUGGAGAGCUGAUCUAUCUCGUAGCCACCCAGGAUGAAAAAAAAAAGAACCCCAGAGAAUGCUGGGCCGUUCCCGUGGCUGCAUACACAGUGCUAAUGAGGUGCCUUCGGGAAGGGGAAGAACGUAUCGUGAAUCACAUGGCUGCAAAGAUAAUUGAAAAUGUCUGUACUACCUUUUCUGCUCAAGCCCAAGGCUUUAUUACCGGAGAAAUUGGACCUGUUCUGUGGUACCUAUUCAGACAUUCCACUGUUGACUCUCUCAGGAUCACGGCAAUAUCGGCCUUGUGCAGGAUCACUCGCCAUUCGCCUGCUGCCUUCCAGAAUGUCAUCGAGAAGGUGGGCCUGAACUCCGUGAUCGGCUGCCUGGCCUCUGCCAUCUGCAGGGUCCAGCAGUACAUGCUGACCCUGUUCACCGCCAUGCUGUCCUGCGGGAUUCAUCUGCAAAGACUCAUCCAGGAAAAGGAUUUUGUCUCCACAAUUAUCCGUCUACUCGACAGCCCGUCCACUUGCAUUAGAGCCAAAGCCUUCCUGGUGCUUUUGUAUAUUCUGCUUCAUAACCGUGAGAUGUUGCUGCUCUGCUGUCAAGCAAGACUGGUGAUGUACAUCGAGCGAGACAGCAGGAAGACCACGCCAGGCAAGGAGCAGCAGAGUGGCAGUGAAUACCUGUCCAGCUGCCUGGACCUGCUCAUCUGUCACGUCGUGCAGGAGCUGCCAGGGAUCCUGGGUGACGUCCUUACCGCCUUGGCUAACGUUUCUGGCCGCAAGCACCCGUCCACUGUUCAAGUGAAGCAGCUGAAGAUGUGCCUGCCCCUGAUGCCCGUGGUGCUGCACCUCGUCACCUCCCAGGUGUUUCGACCUCAGGUUGUGACAGAAGAGUUCCUUUUCUCUUACGGCACUAUUCUGGGUCAUAUUACAUCGGUAGACUCAGGAGAAACAAAUAUAGACGGAGCCAUUGGACUGACGGCAUCGGAAGAAUUUAUCAAGAUCACGUUGUCGGCUUUUGAAGCAAUAAUACAGUAUCCCCUUUUAUUGAAAGGCUAUCGCUCUACGGUUGUGGACUGCAUCCUGCCACCCUUGGUGUCCUUGGUUCAAAGCCAGAAUGUGGAGUGGCGGCUCUUCAGCUUGCGGUUGCUCUCGGAAACCACCUCUCUGCUGGUCAGCCAGGAGGCCGGGGACGGCCGGGAGGAGGCGAGCGUCGUGGACUCGGAGAGCAGUCUGCUGGCCCUCAUCAGAGACGUCCUGCUUCCACAAUACGAGCACAUUCUCACGGAGCCCGACCCAGUGCCCGCGUACGCUCUGAAGCUGCUGGUUGCAAUGACUGAACACAACCCAGCGUUGACCAGACUUGUGGAAGAAAGCAAACUGAUCCCACUCAUUUUUGAAGUGAUUCUGGAUCAUCAGGAGAGCGUUCUGGGGAACACUAUGCAGAGUGUGAUUGCUUUGCUCAACAACCUGGUAGCCUGCAAAGAUUCAAAUAUGAAACUGCUGUAUGAACAAGGUCUCGUCACACACGUCUGCCACCUGUUCACCACGGCCGCCACGCUGUGCCUGGACACGGACCACACGCACAACGCGGAGACGGCGGCCGCGCUGCUGUUCUCUCUGCUCGAGAUCCUGCACGGCAUGCUCACGUACACGUCCGCCAUCGUGCGCCUGGCCUUGCAGGCUCAGAAGUCUGGCUCGAGAGGGGACACUCAGGCCGCAGAAGACCUGCUGCUGCUCGGCAGGCCGCUCACCGACCUCAUCAGCCUGCUCAUCCCGCUGGUAAGCACUCACCUGAUGGUGUCUCUCGGCGCGCUGCAGCUUCCCAGUGAGGAUCCUGAGAUUUUUGAGAUGUCGUCCAAGUGCCUGUCUAUCCUGGUUCAACUGUACGGCGGGGAAAACCCAGACAGCCUGUCUCCCGAAAACGCAGAGAGUUUCGCUGAGCUCCUGUUAGCCAAGGAGGACCCGAAGGAGCAGAAGCUGCUGCUGAGGAUUCUCAGGAGGCUGAUCACCUCCAAUGAGAAGCACCUGGAGAGUCUGAAGAAGGCGGACAGUCUCCUGCGGGCUCUGGAGCGGCUGGCCCCAACCGGGGGCUUGUCUGCUGACAGUGCGGUACCUUCCCUGGCCCUGGAGAUCCUUCGCGCCGUUGGGUGCUAGACAAGCCUGGCUCCCAGACACACCCGCGCCACAUCACCGCCCACCGCUGUAUUUGGACCUAAUAAAGCCAGCUGAACCUGA